AUACAUGGUGUGUGUGAUGUGAUUGUUUGUUUUCGUCGCCACUGUCGACAGUGGUGUGGUUAUUUUAUUGCAUUGCAUUGCAUGUAGUAAGGUUUAUAAAAACAAAAUUGAUUUGAUUCCGUUUGCAACAAUUUUUUUUAUAAGAACAAGUCUUUGAAUUUGAACUGCGAGUGACUUGGUUGGUCGUCGAUAUAGCACGUACCGGCUUGAUUAUUUCAACUGAAAAUGGCCAUGCAGUGUCAACUAUGGAUGGGCAGUUUGGAGCCCAACAUGACAGAGAGCUUCAUAAUGGCCGCCUUCCACCGCAUGGGGCAGCGACCACUUGCUGUGAAGGUGAUGAGGAAUAAGUUUACUGGAGAACCGGCAGGUUAUGCUUUUGUGCAUUUUCAGACUGAUGAAGAAGCUAUUGACUCCAUGCAUAAGUUAAAUGGGAAACCAAUUCCUGGCACAUUCCCAGUGGUACGGUUCAGACUUAACACAGCGUCUCGGGAAGCUCGAUCUAACAUGCAACAGGAGAGAGAGUACUCUGUAUGGGUUGGUGACCUUAGUCCCGAGGUUGAUGACUACUCUUUGUAUAGAGUUUUUGCUGCUAAAUACAAUUCCAUUAAAACAGCUAAAGUAAUACUAGAUAAUGGUGGGUACACAAAAGGCUAUGGUUUUGUUAGGUUUGGCAACGAAGAAGAACAGCGGAAUGCUUUAUAUGCUAUGAAUGGAUACACAGGCUUAGGUACGAAGCCUAUAAAGAUAUGUACUGCAGUGCCAAAGCCAAAAGGAGCCAUGAUGCAGCAGAAUCAGGGAGCAGCUGGGAAUGCUUCAUAUAACAGCGGGACGGAGUACAACCAAUAUUAUGAUCCGUCAGCCUAUUGGCAAAAUUACUCAGCGUGGUCGGGUUACUAUGGGCAGGGCGAGGCGGCGCCGCAGGCCGCGCCGCAGCCCGCCGCGCCCGAGCUGCAGCAGCCGCAGCAGACCAAGACGCAGAUGGAAGAGCUAUCCCUCGUUGAGCACAAGAAGUCUAUAGACGUAGAGCAGCAGAACCAAGAGUUUUUGGACACCGAGUUAGGGCUAUGGGACAGCUUGGAGUCGUCACACUGGUUCCCACAUGAAGGUGUCGAAGUACACUAGACUUUGAAUAGUUAUAUAUGAUUUCUAUUUAUGAUUGCAUUGUGUAAAUAUAGGAAUAAAUAUUUUUAUAAGCUGA